GCUAGGACGGUUAGGACUACAGCCCAUUUCCUAACUACUAGGUCGUAUCUGAAAGUACCCCCAAUGCGGCAGCAGAAGGAAGUACCAGCAAUCCAACAGGCACGCCAACGGGGAAUAGCGGCAGGUGCUGUAGCACGGUGCAUCCGUCAGGCCGCGAGUCACGCACAGGUGACGUCCGCCGAGCACAGCCCCAUCAGGAAAACCUGCGCGCGGCGAAAAAACCACCGGCGGAUGUCCAGCAUUACUAGCGCACUCCAAGGUCCCCAUCCCGCCCUCGCGCAACCAUCCCCACAUUCCGCCCUCGCGCAACCAUCCCCAUGUUCCGCCCGCGCUCAUAUCCCCACAUUCCGCCGUCGCCCCACAUUGCCUGUUUCCCCCUCUUGCCACCCCCAGCGCUCCCUAUCUCCCCCACCCUCUUUCGUUUUUUAGAAUUGUCAAAAUAUAUUGCGCUCUCCCUCGCCCUGUGUCCCCCAUCCGGUCGGUCACCCGAGUUCCCUACGGCCCUAUCUCAACGGGCUGGCGGGCAAAGCCAGGUGGGCGCAGCGGGGAAUGCGGGAUAGGCGCGUUUACGGUCAGGCCUAGUCGCGAGGGCAGUCCGCGCUCGGCGCAAGGACUGGCGUGCACGGCUUGGCGUGAGUGAGGGCAUGGCGGGCUGCGCGCGAGGGCUGCGCAGGAUAGGCGUGAGGGCGUCUCGUUCUUGGCGGGCUUGGGUUGAGUGGACUCCAUGCGGGAGGGCAUCGGUCGGUGCGCCGGGGUAGCGGACUUGCCGCGUGAAGCAGGGCGCCUCACCCUUGCCCCGCGGAUGGGCAGAACGUAGCCCGUCGCCGCAUGUGAAGGUGCAAUUCCACUGCGCCCCUCUGGUAACCUCGUUUUGACCCAUUCCCUUUGGUACAGAGUGGUGUGCGGAGCUGUGAACAGUUGCUUGUGCGAGGUUGGUGGCGAAUGCCAACCCCUUUAGAUCCGGCCAGUCAGCAGCUUCACAGCACAGCUCUCUCAUUUCUGCGGGUGGCGAGGGUGUCGUCACCUUUAAAGGGUAACCCUGUCGUUUGACGAAUUCAACUGCAAGAAUUUUGAAGUUGAUUUCAACCAUUCUGUGCGAUGGCUUUAAGGGCCCAUUUCGACGUAGCAGCAAGGUCGAUUUGAGCAGCUGCAACUCAUUUCGACAAUGCUGGUAGAUCGUUCAAAGUUUCAGGCGAUUAGGGGGGAGAGAGCAACGCAAUUAGGAGGCAGAGAGUUGGGCGUUCCUGCUUUUCCAUGGGCACUUUUUCCGCUUUCUGACCUUCAUUCCGUUUUUCCUCCGUUUUGCUUCAUCCUACUUCUGAUUCCUCGUUCCUGCAUCCGUUCCAUACAAAUCUUUCGUUUCCUUCGCAAAAUGGUACGCCCCUUGACUGCACCCAUGCACCUCAGUCCCUAUCUCUCCCCACCCCAGGUCAUUCCCCCCUUGGCAUGCCAACCUCCCCCCACUGGGAUCUGCGGUGCCUUGCGUGAACCCCGCUGCCUUGAAACCCUGUCGCCUCCAUCCCACACCUCCUUGCUCCCCCCCGGAAGCUGCCCCAAGUGUGCACUGCUGUUCCACUCGGUCUCUCCCGUCUCCACUGGUCGUUCCUUCCUUGGCAGGUCACACAUCCCCACUUGUCCUCGCGAUGCUCAGACUGCUCACAGAUGCUCAGACCGCCCACCGAUGCUCAGACUGCUCACAGAUGCUCAGACCGCCCACCGAUGCUCAGACUGCUCACAGAUGCUCAGACCGCCCACCGAUGCUCAGACUGCUCACAGAUGCUCAGACCGCCCACCGAUGCUCAGACUGCUCACAGAUGCUCAGACCGCCCACCGAUGCUCAGACUGCUCACAGAUGCUCAGACCGCCCACCGAUGCUCAGACUGCUCACAGAUGCUCAGACCGCCCACCGAUGCUCAGACUGCUCACAGAUGCUCAGACCGCCCACCGAUGCUCAGACUGCUCACCUCAAGCAUGCCCUUCACUCCCGUCCCCACCCAUGGUUUCGUGGCAGCUCAGAGUGAGCAAUUCUACCCAUCACACACACCCUCCCUUCCCACAUCCGCGGUCCUUCCCUGGCCAGCCGUUCACCCCCAGCCAGGCCAUUCACCCCCUGGCCGCAUCUCAUAGGGAGCAACACAGCCCCUCACUCCCUCUCUCCCCACCUUGCAGCUUGAAGCUCAAACAUCCAAAACCGAGCUUCCAUGCGGAAAGAGUCACUUCUGGCGGCCGAGGAGCGAACCCGUGCCUUACUGGGGAUGCAAGUCGCAGUGGCAGCAUCGUCCGCUCUCACCCACUCCGCGAGUCCCGCCACUCAUCUGGCGCCGCCUCGCAGCCCACCGCCCGCUGCUCCGCGCAGACUUGCGCCAUCUCAGCCGCCCCUUUCCGCGCGCUCGUUCUCCCUCUUGACCAUGGUGCUCGCUCUCUCCCACCGCGCGCUUUUCCCCGCACUGCCUUGCCUUACUCUGGCAAUGGGGAGGGAGGGGAGAGAAGCGAGCAACAAAGGCUCUAGUGAUGGUACGGACCUCCAUUGCACUGCUGCUGCUGCUGCUUUUCCUGCCCCUCCUGCUGUUGCCCUUCCUGCUGCUGCAGAUGAGGGAGCAGUUGUUGCUGACGGUGACAGUGACAGCAGCAGUGUGUGGGAGGGGCUGAGCAGUAUGCAGCUGCAGGUGGGGACGGCAACACUGGCCAGCGCCUCCGGGUCCUCUCGUCCCGUCCAUCGGGUUCUAGCCUCGGGUGCUGGGGCGGUUGUGGCAGCACCAUCACAACCACCAACUUUGCCCGCAGAGUGCAGGGACGGCAGCGCUGAAACAGCAGUGGUGGUGACGACAUUCCUCUAUGACCAGGUUCCCAUCGUGGAUCGCUUGUUUCCUUAUGAGGUCAUUCUGACCAACACGUGUCAGCAGCGGGCCAUCUCUCGCCUGAGCAUCAACUUCUUUAGUUACAAUGGCAGAUUUCGCCCCUACUUCCUCAUGCCCCGCCUGCAGUUCAUUGGAUAUGGCAUAGCUAAUAAACACAGUAAAGAAAAUUAUCAGUUCAGGGUACUCCCUCCCCUGGGUGCACCUGAGGACUCGGUGAUAAUCCCUCCUGGUGCCACUUUCAACUUCAACACCACUAUGACGCUCGUGUUGUACUACAACAUCACUGUUAUUGCAGCCGCCUUCUCUCCUUAAUUCCUACCGCUACUCUGAGUCCGCCAUUGCUGCAGCUGGCUGGCGCGUUGCCGUUAUUAUUGCCGUCGGUUGCCCGUAUCCGACAC